AACAUCAUCAGCAGGCUUCCCGCAAGAAUAUUUCGAGCCUUCAUUCAAUUACUUCAAUCACAAUGGCCCUCGCACGCCCGUUUCCUCCGCUCCUGCACACCCUCUUCCCCGCCUUCAAUGCCCCCGUUCGACCCGUCCUGAACCUCCCUCUCCUUCAGCGCCUGUCGCAGUCCUUCCCCACAAUACUCUCCCCAUUCGCUGCGCUCGUCCUGCCCCCACUCUCGCUGCCGUCAAUACCCUCGAUAUCGGACAUCUGGGAAGGCAUUCUGAAAGCCGUGCCGAAGAAGAAGACGUCCUACCGUAAGAAGAGACAGAGGUUUCUAGCUGGCAAAGGAUUGAGAGACAUCACAUCACUGAACACGUGCUCAGCUUGCGGCAGGGUGAAGCGUGCACAUUACCUGUGUCCUUACUGCGUAUAUGCGGUCAAGACCAAGAUCUUCGGACUAAGCCUGGUGAAGACACCCAAGAAGAAGGAACUGAGGGCGAUGAGACGAGAGAAGAUUGAGGAAAGGAGGAAUGCUCGCCGGAACCAGAAUGGUCCCAAGAAGAGGUUCGACAGAGAUGACGACGACAUAUAAAACAAAAUAGACGUGGACUAAUACUGGGAUAAAGAGAACAGUAGUGGAUUGCGCUGUACAAUUUUGUGACAUUAUACUUGGGAAGGCACCUCAUUGGCAGAGCGCUUCUUGCACCUGUAACAGUAGCAUGCAUGUGGUCAUGGUAUUUGUGGUCGAAUCAGGAAGUAGCAGGGGUGGUGGAUACUUCGUGCAUAGUGAGGCAUGCAGUUCUCGAGCCCAGAUGUCAUGAUUCGACCCACUUCAGCCAAAUCUAAGCAAACUACUGCCAUGCAUGGGAAAGAAGCCGAACUCCAAGAUCCACUCUUCGAAUUGUGGACGUCAUGCCGCGAUCCGCUGAAACCCAUUUACCCGCCAUGAUAGCCAGAUAUGCAG